AUGGCAAGCUGGCAAAUUCUUUUCGACGGUUCUGUCUUUACCCAUGCUGUCUACUACUCGGCUUGCUCGUUGUUCGACGAGGAGGGUCUCGCUGACUGCGAUGGUGAAGACAUCGCUAAUCUGUUGACUAUUGUUCACCCGCUUAUGAUUCACUACGUCCGUUCCCUCGAUGAUGGCUCUCAAGAAACUCCCGGUGACCUUCGCGUUCGUAAAUCGCUUUACAAUGCGUGGGCCGUCUUGAGUACCGAUCACGCCAAUCCGGAUUGGGAUGAGUGGAUGCUCGAGGCACCUCUCGAAGACGAAUAUUAUGCUGAGGAGGAUUGUCUUACUGGAGACUUCAUCAUUACUCCUUUGAGUAAUGAUGAACUUCUUCAAGUUCUCCCUGCGAUUUGUGACGCGCCCGUCAGGGCAAAUCCUUUCCUGGCGCCGUCUACGCCUAUUGCUCGUCGUCACCCAUCGCCGAUUGCAGAACGCGCUCCUUCGCCUGUCCAUACUCCAUCGCCCAUUCGCGAGGAAUCUGUCCAGCCAAUUUCGCCAUCCUUCAAACGUCGUGUGGGUCUUCUUGACUCACCCGAUUUAAUUCGGUUUUCGCCCACUCCGCCCCACAGCUUUCCUGCUGCCGGACCUUCUUGUGCUCCUGGCGUGGGUUCCGCCGACGCGCCUAUCCCUCUUUUCCUGUCUCCCACGCCACCUCCUGGCAUUAUGCUGCCUGUCACUCCUCUCCCAGCUGCAUCUGCAAACGCUCCGACGAUCCUCGUGGUUCCCCGCCUCAAUAUUCCUAAGGUGGAGAUGCACACACGUCGUGAUCGUCCUGCAAAGGCUCUCGCCAAGAUGAAGAAUACGCUCGUACUUGCGCCAAGCACGAAAUCCAAGGCGAGUAAACGCAAGCGGAGCCCCAGUGAAGAAGGAGAGGAUGGGCAAUCGGACAAGUCAUUCAUUGCUAAUCCACCUCCUCGUAAACGUGGACGACCCCGUAAGAACUAUGUACCAGACUUAUUUUAUAGAAGCACCAAUACCUAA